AUAUUUUUUUACCUCUGAAUUUUCACAGGUCAAACCACAGUGUAUAAAGUACCACAACUGGUAAAAGUUUAUUAAAAAGAAAGUCAAUAUGGCAGAAGAAACCACAAAGGGUAUUUCCGAUGAGGAUUACCGUCAGCUGUUGCAUGACAUAUCAGAAUGGUAUGAUGGAAUUGGAUCCAUCAGUAUGCUGAAAGUAUUGUACAGAGAUCAUGUGACUGAUGUUAGUACACUAGAUAAAGCUAAUAAGAUGCGUGACUUGCUGGACAACUUGCAUGCUUCUGGGAAUCUGAGUCCAACAGAUCUUAGUAUUCUGUAUGAUACCAUAAAUAUAACUAAACAAUUUGGAUUCAAACCAAAGAAUGAGGAUCUGCUUCCACUUUUCCAGAAUGUUAAGAAUUUAACAGUAUCAAAAUUCACAUCAUACAGGCAAAAGCUGGUAAAACUAGGAAGGACAUUGAAUGAAGAGGAUGUAGCAACGCUGAAUGGUUCAUUUAACACACUACUCAAGAAAUAUGAAGACAGAUGGCAUUUGAUUAGGGAUCUAGAGCACAGAAAAGUAAUUUGUGAAGAAAACAUGAAAGCAUUUAUUGAAAGGUUGGAGAAACUCCAGCUCUUUUCAGCUGUAGAAGCUCUUUUAGAAGAUGAUGAACUCAAACCAACAGCAUCUAAAAGACAAAAGUUGAUGUUGAAAGGUGAUCAAGGUAUGGCCCUUAAGUAUGGUCCCUUGUUAUUUUGUGCCGAUUUGUUGCAUGUGUCGCAAAAUAGAAAAAUCUAUCGAAAUAGGCCUUUUUCAAGAGCCUUUUGA